AUGCGGUACUCCCAGCUCAUUCUCUCCUUCUUCCUCCUCUUCGCCCUUGCCGUUGCUCUGCCUUUGCCAGCGCCGGUAGAAGCCGUCGUCGCAAGGGCGAACGGCGGGGCGAAAGCGAAAGCCGGCGGCGGCAAGGGCGGCGGUGGUGGUGGCGGUAGCAAUGCCAAAAAGGAGGCUGCUGGCAUUGACAAGAACAUUUCCAUCCAGAAGCAGGAGAAGAAGGACGCCAGCGCCGUGAAGAAGGCCGAAACUAACGGCAACUUCAAGGGCGCCAAGUCUCAGCUCGUCGGCACCAUCAAGGAGGGAGAGAAAGUCCGCGCAAAUAACCAAAAGAACGCCGAUAAGAGCAACAAAGCCCUCAACGAUGGCCUGAAGAAGGUCCAAGGCGCGCAGGCUCAGGAGGAAAAGCAGGCCAAGAGUCUGAAGGGCAACAACUCUGCGUCCGAUAAGAAGACGCUCAACAAGCUCCAGGGUGAGUUUGAUAAGGGUAUACAAGUGAACAAGGAUAACAAGAAGGCUGCACUCAAUGGCGGCAAUGGUGGCAAGGGCAAGAAGGGAAACUAG